AUGGGACAUAUAUACAAUACACUUCUACCCAAACAAAACCAAACGACUGUGCACCAAGACCGUUUUCGAGCUGUACGGCUUCUGUACGGCUGCUGUACGGCUGCUGUACGGCUUCUGUACGGCUGCUGUACGGCUUCUGUACGGCUGCUGUACGGCUUCUGUACGGCUGCUGUACGGCUGCUGUACGGCUGCUGUACGGCUUCUGUACGGCUGCUGUACGGCUUCUGUACGGCUGCUGUACGGCUUCUGUACGGCUGCUGUACGGCUUCUGUACGGCUUCUGUACGGCUGCUGUACGGCUUCUGUACGGCUGCUGUACGGGUGCUGUACGGCUUCUGUACGGCUGCUGUACGGCUUCUGUACGGCUUCUGUACGGCUGCUGUACGGCUUCUGUACGGCUGCUGUACGGCUUCUGUACGGCUGCUGUACGGCUGCUGUACGGCUUCUGUACGGCUGCUGUACGGCUGCUGUACGGCUGCUGUGCGGCUUUUGUGCGGCUGCUGUGCGGCUGCUGUUCGGGUUUUUGGUUUUCGUCAAUAACAGCUCAGCCGCGGAUAACAGCUCGGGUUUCGUUCCACGAUGA